AUGCCAAUCCCAGGAUCGCUCUCCAUGUACGGAGUACCCAUGCGCUGUCGCGACAUCUCAGGAGCAAACCCGACAGCAGAGAAGUAUCUCGAAGCAGGCCAAAACUUGUCCGCGGACGAGAUCCGGGUCCUGGUUGACAACCACGUGUCCCAUUACAUACUUGACGAUGGGCAAGAAAAGGAGCUCACGUACCAAGUGGGACAGAACAUCAGCACCACAGAUGGCCAGAAAGCCAUUGAGGAUGCCGUCAAGCAGGCUUUGAAAUCUGCCGGUCAGAUUGACUACAUCUUCAAAUAUACAUUGGAUCUGUUGCAGCAAGUGGAGAAGCAAAAAAAAUAUCACAGGCAGAUUUUCCAACGAUUUUAUUGGGCUUCAAUUUUAACUGAGCACUUAUUUACGGCACUCGAUGCGCUCAUAAAGUUCGAAUACUGCAAUUCGGAUUAUCAUUCCGCUCAGGACACGAAAGACGUGAUUACGAAGCUGAUGAAAGCAGUUGAACAGAUAGAAAAGGAUCAACAGGAUAUGCGGGAUAAGUUCGACGAAUUUCAGAAGAGUUUCAGUACAUUUAGCGGCUCUUUCCACGAUUGGGCUAAGGAUGCGAUCGAGGAGAAACAGAAGCAAAUCCAGACACUUCGUGACGCGAUAACGGACCUGCAGAAACAGAUUGACGAUAUGACGCAGGCUCUCUAUAUAAUUGGGGGCGACGCUGUUCUUAUUGUUUUUGGUACCGCAGUUUGUGCCGGGGAUCGCUGGGCCAUGGGCGCCUUGGGUCGUGGCAACGAUGUCCAUCUGACAUGUCCACAGAUCGCCGGGCUUAUCUUUGUCGGUGCUGAGUUUGCCACUGUCUUCGGGCUAGUCUGUGCAGUUGUUGCCAAGAAGAAAGAGAUUGACGACAAGCAGAAUGAGGUGAAUGACUUGAACAGCCAGAUCAAUAGGAUCAGUGAGACUGAUGAGAACAUAAAAAGCACCUGGAAUCUGCAGGGUCAAUUCCUGGCGUUGCAUCUUGCAAAUCUCACACGUGUCUGGGACAUGGGCAAAAGCGAGGCAGAGGAGGUCUACAAAUGGCUUGGUAAACCUGCGAAGCCCGACGAAAAACCAGACAUGUUGAAGCAAUAUACGAAAAGGGCAACAAUGCAUGUAAGUCUUGCGCAUAUUCAAAACCGGCAGUCGAGCUAA